AUGGUCCAGAAAGAGGUCACUAAAUUACUAGAGGCUGGGAUCAUUUAUCCUAUUUCUGAUAGCCCCUGGGUGAGCCCUGUCCAAGUUGUUCCCAAAAAGGGAGGCAUGACAGUGGUUCAUAAUGAAAAAAAUGAACUGGUUCCCACAAGGACAGUCACAGGGUGGCGCAUGUGUAUUGACUACAGAAGGCUCAAUACAGCCACCAGAAAGGAUCAUUUUCCUUUACCAUUCAUAGACCAAAUGCUAGAAAGACUAGCUGGCCAUGAUUAUUACUGCUUUUUGGAUGGCUAUUCAGGCUAUAACCAAAUUGCGGUAGACCCUCAGGACCAAGAGAAAACAGCAUUCACCUGCCCUUCAGGCGUGUUUGCCUAUAGGAGAAUGCCUUUUGGUCUGUGCAAUGCACCUGCAACCUUCCAAAGGUGCAUGCUCUCUAUCUUCUCAGAUAUGGUAGAGAAAUUUCUGGAAGUCUUCAUGGAUGACUUCUCAGUAUAUGGAGACUCAUUUAGCUCCUGUCUUAACCACCUAUCAACUGUCCUGAAAAGAUGCCAAGAGACUAACCUGGUUUUAAACUGGGAGAAAUGUCACUUUAUGGUGACUGAAGGAAUUGUCCUUGGGCACAAAAUUUCAAGCAGGGGAAUAGAGGUGGAUAAGGCAAAGGUAGAGGUAAUUGAAAAAUUACCACCACCUGCCAAUGUUAAGGCAAUCAGAAGCUUUCUGGGACAUGCAGGAUUUUACAGAAGGUUUAUCAAGGAUUUUUCGAAAGAGGUCACUAAAUUACUAGAGGCUGGGAUCAUUUAUCCUAUUUCUGAUAGCCCCUGGGUGAGCCCUGUCCAAGUUGUUCCCAAAAAGGGAGGCAUGACAGUGGUUCAUAAUGAAAAAAAUGAACUGGUUCCCACAAGGACAGUCACAGGGUGGCGCAUGUGUAUUGACUACAGAAGGCUCAAUACAGCCACCAGAAAGGAUCAUUUUCCUUUACCAUUCAUAGACCAAAUGCUAGAAAGACUAGCUGGCCAUGAUUAUUACUGCUUUUUGGAUGGCUAUUCAGGCUAUAACCAAAUUGCAGUAGACCCUCAGGACCAAGAGAAAACAGCAUUCACCUGCCCUUCAGGCGUGUUUGCCUAUAGGAGAAUGCCUUUUGGUCUGUGCAAUGCACCUGCAACCUUCCAAAGGUGCAUGCUCUCUAUCUUCUCAGAUAUGGUAGAGAAAUUUCUGGAAGUCUUCAUGGAUGACUUCUCAGUAUAUGGAGACUCAUUUAGCUCCUGUCUUAACCACCUAUCAACUGUCCUGAAAAGAUGCCAAGAGACUAACCUGGUUUUAAACUGGGAGAAAUGUCACUUUAUGGUGACUGAAGGAAUUGUCCUUGGGCACAAAAUUUCAAGCAGGGGAAUAGAGGUGGAUAAGGCAAAGGUAGAGGUAAUUGAAAAAUUACCACCACCUGCCAAUGUUAAGGCAAUCAGAAGCUUUCUGGGACAUGCAGGAUUUUACAGAAGGUUUAUCAAGGAUUUUUCG